CUGGCCAGUAGCGUAUACAAAACCAAAGAUAAUUUAAUUCGCAUCCGCCGAGCAUAGGUUCGAGAAGGUGUUGGGCGGCAUAUAUUUUGUUAUUUGCCAGCGCGCUGCCAAAGUCAGACGACCUCGGCGGGACGCGCGAUACGACAAGCCCGACCAGCAGCAGCUCCGCGAUACCUCCGACCUCGCCUCUGCUGUCACCGCCGCCGCCUACUGCCGCCGCCGUCUCUGGAUCCUACUUUGCUACCUAUAACGGCCACCGACCCGACUGUUUUCCAUUUUUCAAGAUGAUGCUCGGAUGCUACGCAGAAGACCCGCUGGCCAAACAGAGCCGUCAGCAAGCACACGCCCACGCCGCCUCGAGCGGCCACGACGUUGGCGCCGACUCGUUUGUCGAUGUAGAAAAGGACGGCGAACUCGGCUGGUUUAGCGACGGCAGCCUCCUGCGCAUGGACGAGUUUGGCCACGACAUUGAGUGGGUCAACGACGAGCUCGACCAAAGCCUGCACCUGCAAUUCGCCCACGGCGACAGCGAAGACCUCUUUGCCCGCGAAUUUGCACCCUUUGCAGUACCCUCGACGGCGACGCCGCUCGAUGUGGCGUCCAACAACCAGCCCACCGCCUCUGAUGGCAUGCACUUGGCAAGUGGUGACUUUCGGGCAUGCGAGAAGCUCCUCAUGAGCUUUGACACGAUGAGCUACACGUCGCCGUCGCCGAUCUCGUCGCCGCGCCGCGGUGAUGCAUCACUGGACGACGCGAUGCUCGAUGACGACAUGGACGACGAGAUGGACAUUGACGACGACAUGUCGCUCGACGACGAUAGUGACGCGCUCUCGUCGAUGACCGACAUGGAAACCGAGAGCCUCAAGGCCGCGCUCGCCAAGCUCUCGCCGCCCGUCGUCACCAAGGUCGAGCACAAGACCAUUGUCGCGCCCGUGAAGAAGAUUUUCGAGCCCAUUUGCCAUCAGCGCACGAUUGGCGCGUACACGCCGGCCGCGCGCAAGCUGCGACUGGAGAAGUUCCACGAGAAGCGGAAGAAGCGCAUUUGGAAGAAAAGCAUCAAGUACGACUGCCGGAAGAAGCUCGCAGACGAUCGCCCGCGCAUCAAGGGCCGCUUUGUGCGCGUGCUCGAGAACCUCAACCUCGUCAAGUCGGAAGAGGCGGCGACUGUGGUCCCCGACGCCGCCACGGUUACCGCGACCGUGGACGCGAUUCCGAAGGAGGUAUCCGCGCCGAGCGAGGCCCCCGUGACGGACGCCGCGCCGGUCGGGACGCCCGCAGGCACGCCGAGCCCGACCGCCGUCUCGUCGCUGCUCGGCGCGAGCCUGAGCCCGACCGUCAACGCCAUCUCGACCAACUUUGGCUUUGGCUUUGGGUCGCCUGUCGUCAUGGUCAAGCUCGAGCAGCCGCCGCCGUUCCCGCUCGUCGGCCGCGCAAUCUUGGGCUAGCGACAUGCUUGUCUGUAGUAGUAGUAGUUCCCCAUCCACCAAAAACCACCAUCUCUGCCGCUCGAAAGCGCGACGCAGAAACAUCAUAGCGCUAGAACCCGAGUCGCCCGUAGUCCCCUCGAAAAUAACACUCUUUCGACUCAACUC